CUCAAAUUGACCGAUCUACUGCACUUCUCGUCACUUAGCCGUAGGCCGAGUUCCUACGGGUAUCGUCGUCAUGGCAACGGGCAUCACGAUGAGGCAUCGCAGCAGCAGCAUCACGGCUACCGGAGACCUGCGACGGUGAAGACGUUCGGCAGGCAGUUGCGUGAGCCGAAAAGAUGGCCGAUGUUGAUGGUUCCGGCCGACCGAAAGACGAUGGUACCGUCGAAGGAGUUGCGUGAAGUCAAUCUGCCGUUGCAGUCGUUGCAGAAAUGCUCAGAGCGUUUUGACAAUCUCAAACAGGGCGUACACAUUUGCGCCGGAGUCGAGGGCAAGGUGAGUCGAGCAGAGGGUUUUUUUCUGUCACCAAGCCAACAGGAUUGUCGUGACGACCAGUCGAGUGGUCAUGGUAACAGUGAAUGA